AGGAGGAGGCGGGGCGGUUAUGCUUGUGGUGUGUUUUGCUAGGCUCCUGUGCUCUGAGGUCUGGGGAAUAAUUGUCGCUCAAAGGCUCUGCGGGCGGAGUGCGGGCGGAGGUGUGUUUCUCCAGUGGUAUCCUGUGCCUUUCCUUACUGGGUGCUCUGAGUCCAGUUCUGUAGUCUUCAAUUAAUCAGACAGACACCAUGGAGGCACCCCCAGUUACCAUGAUGCCUGUUACUGGGGGCACCAUUAACAUGAUGGAGUACCUGCUUCAGGGAAGUGUUUUAGACCACAGUUUGGAAAGCCUUAUCCACCGCCUUCGUGGUUUAUGUGACAACAUGGAACCUGAAACUUUCCUUGACCAUGAGAUGGUAUUCCUCCUGAAGGGCCAGCAAGCCAGCCCAUUUGUCCUGAGGGCCCGGCGCUCUAUGGAUAGAGCAGGGGCACCCUGGCAUCUGCGUUACCUGGGACAGCCAGAAAUGGGAGACAAGAACCGAUACGCUUUGGUGCGAAACUGUGUGGACAUUGCCACAUCUGAAAACCUCACAGAUUUCUUGAUGGAAAUGGGCUUCCGCAUGGACCAUGAGUUUGUUGCCAAGGGACACUUGUUUCGUAAGGGCAUUAUGAAGAUUAUGGUAUACAAGAUUUUCCGCAUCCUGGUGCCAGGGAACACAGACAGCACUGAAGCCUUGUCGCUCUCCUAUCUUGUGGAAUUAAGUGUUGUUGCACCAGCCGGGCAGGACGUGGUCUCUGAUGACAUGAGGAACUUUGCUGAGCAGCUGAAACCUCUGGUUCACCUGGAGAAAAUAGACCCCAAAAGGCUCAUGUGACUAAGACAGUCUGUCCUCAUAUGUUAGAAAAAAGAUGUUAUAAAUGCCCCAGUUUACCACUGCCAGCCAGGUGUUGCUCAGGAAGGACAGUGAGAAUUUACUUGGUUCUUUGCAGUGUAUUCCUCGUGAGGUUUCACAUUCAUGGCAGCCUUUUUAUUUAAAAAAAAUUUUUUUUAUUUUUUGGUACUUGGAACUGAACCUAGGGACGCUUAACCACUGAGCCAUAUUCUCAGCCCUUUUUUGUAUUUUAUUUAGAAACAGGGUCUUGCUGAGUUGCGUAGGGUCUCCCUAAGGUUGCUGAGGCUGGCUUUGAACUUGGUAUCUUCCUGCCUCAGCCUCCCAAACCGCUGGGAUUACACGUGUGUGUCACCACACCCAACCAUGGCAGCUUUUUUAAAUUAAAGGCUCAGGAUAACACAGAAUAUGUCUAAUCCCUCUGCAUAAAGAAGGGAAACUGGGACAAAUUAGCUUUGGAAAGAAAAGUCUCUUAAUUAUUAUGUGUAAGGUUUGUAACAGAACCUGUGAGCUUGUGUUGAAUAGUAAUAAAAGCUGUUUAAAAAUGUCUAUAA